GGUCGGCGGCGCCGGCCUGAGCAUGCGCAGUGCCUAUUUGGGCCGGCGCCCGGGCGGCAGGAGAGACAUGGCGCGAGUUGUCGGGUUGGUGUCGGCGCUGUUGCUGCGGGUGGCGAGCCGGAGUUCGUGCGCCGAAGUCUGCCGCCCUCAGAGGAGGUAUUGGGCUCCUGUUCCCCAAAGCCAACCCAAAGCUUGUUACAGUGUAUGUACAGCGCCAUCUGAAACUGUCACUUACCAGGAAUUAAAGCAGUUGCUCAAAUUGAACAAAAUUGUUCUGAUUGAUGUCAGAGAACGCUGGGAACUUGAGGAGCAUGGGAAGAUACCCGGAUCCAUAAAUAUACCACUGGGUGAAGUGGAACAAACCUUGCAGCUGGAUCCCGAACGUUUUAUGGAAAUGUACAAAGAAAAAAUGCCAAGCAUGUCAGAUAAAAUUGUUUUUUCAUGUUUGGGAGGACUCAGGAGUAAAAAGGCCUUAGAUACUGCUACAUCUUUAGGCUACAGUAGAGCUGUACAUUUCCCAGGUGGUUGGGAGGAAUGGCAAUCCCGUGAACUUUCUGAGAAAAAAGGAUAAGCCAUUUCAGGGGUUUCUUAUGGAACGAAUUCCAAACGAGUAUGAGAGACUCAAAUCUAUAAAUGAAAUAUGUUCUUUCUAGUUUAUAAUACAUUGAGAAUUUACACAUGUUAUAUCUGUGUGUUUAUAAUUCUGAUACAUUGUUUACAUAUGUUUCCACAUAUGUAAACAAUGUUUGAGCACAAAAUUUGAAAUUUAAUAAAUUUUGAAGUUUUUUUUGUUUGAAAAUAGCAUUGUUUUGUGCAUUGUUCAUGGUAGAUCAGUUGAUGGAACUAACAAUCUAAUGGUGGCAUAAACUCUUAAGUGUUCUUUUGAAUAAAAUCCUGAAGUCAAAAUUCAAAAGUGUAAAGUAAAUUUGUUC